AUGGGCUGGUUUUGGGCUGAGAAAAAGGAAAAACCACUGGGCUGCCCAGUUGACCACGGGUCUUUCAAGAAAGCCCCUGCAGCCGAAUGUCCUGUUAAGGGAGGAGAUGAGGUACUUAAUCCUUUGAAUAACAUGCCUAUGGCUAUCUCAUCGGAAAGACUUCCGGGUCAGAAAGUGAGUCUUUCAACCGAAAGAACAAUUUCCACUAUUCCAAGAGGUGAAUCUGAUGAUCAGGGCUUAUGGGAGUAUCCAUCUCCACAACAAAUGUUGAACGCUAUGGUCAGAAAAGGCAAGGCUAAGGAUAUCCCGGAAGACGCAGUAGAGUCCAUGGUUGACGUUCAUAACUUCUUGAACGAAGGAGCAUGGCAACAGAUCUUAGAUUGGGAAGAUGAGUAUACAAAAGAAACAAAGAUUGAACCUCGUUUGAAGAAAUUUACAGGUAGACCUAACGACUUGUCUCCCAGAGCUCAAAUGUACUUGUGGCUAGGUAAAUUGUUUCCUGACACUUUCAACACUCAACCUCCUUUCGAUAGACACGAUUGGACAGUGUUGAGGUCGAUGGGCUUGAACAAAGGCUUCAAGGAAGUCAGAUACGUCAUUGAUUAUUACUCUGCUCCAGACGAUGAGGAAACGGGUAUGCCCGCAUUCAUGUUGGAUACUAGGCCAGCUUUAGAUAGUCCAGCAAGUGUAAGGGACAGAUUCGUCCAUUGGUCGUAUCCCUUGUACAAAAGGGCCAUGGGCGAAUUUGACGAGAAGUGA